AUGGCAAUAACUAACGCCGUCGGUCAUGGUGUGCUCCGUCCUCUCGACACGAAACAAAAAACCAAAAGAACUCAUCCUCGCGAUACUCCAAACGGUAUUGGAGAGGACGGAGCACAGAAGCUAGCCAUGUCUGUUUCCACUGCGGUGGACGACACCAUGAUGUGCUGUGCUCCGUCCUCUCAAAGUGAAACCAAAAAAACAAGACAAUCAAGAGGACUGAAAACGUCAUUAUCGACAAGCCACGUGGCGGGGACUCGGGACCGAACCACAUACGGUGCCGGCGGGCAUCCGGGGGAGGGUAGUUCACACGCUCAAGGAGCUGUGGCACCUCCCCCACGAGAUGCCAAUGGAUAA